AUGUCUGCCAGUCCCGAGAUGGAGAAGAAGCUUCCCACGGACACCACCUACCAGGUCAAAGAUGAAGUAUCCGAAGUCGGAUCCGCCAGCCAAGUCAUCUACAUUGACCCCGAGAAAGAGAAGGCUGCUUUCAAGAAAUUUGACAGAUAUGUCAUCCCUGCCUCAUUCAUCUUCAUGGUCCUUUGCGCCUUGGACCGAAACAAUUUGGGGAACGCUCGUGUCUUCGGCUUCGACAAGGACAUUGGUCUUCAUGGUCGCCAAUUCGGCAACAUCAACACCUUCUCUAGCCUUACCACGAUGCUCUUCGAAAUCCCCUGGGUUCUGGCCGUCAGGCGAUUCGGGGCUCAAAAGGCCCUUGGGACCGCGUUUUUCAUCUGGAGUGCCUCCACUUUGGGUACUGCCUUCGUGCAGAACUACGCUCAAGCCGUCGUUUGCCGUAUGCUCGUGAACGCCGCUGGAGGCGGUCUUGAGCAGGGGUUCGCAUACCUCUUUUCCACCAUGUACCCACGGCACGAGGCGGGCAAGAGAAUUAUCACGAAUAAUUUGGCAAUGUGUGUCUCUGGUGCCUUUGGCGGGCUGUUCGCCUGGGCGAUUCAGCAGAUGGGGACCCAAAGGGGCCUUGCGGCGUGGAGAUGGCUAUUCAUCGUCGAGUUCUGUAUCACUAUUGUUGUUGGUGGGACAUGUUGGAUCUUCCUUCCUAAGACGGCGGAGACAGCUUGGUUCCUUAAUGCUGACGAGAAGGAAACUAUGCGGCUACGGAAGGAGCGUGAGGCGACGUAUCGAGGAACCGGAAAAUUCGACCGCAGAUGGAUACGCAUUGCGCUCCUCGAGCCUUUUGUCUACCUCCUCGGUAUUGCCUUCUUUACGUCCUCUGUGUCUGUCAAUGGUUUCAACAUCUUCUUGCCGACUAUCCUCGCUGGUCUUGGGUAUGCUGACCUACACGUCAAUUACAUGACCAUUCCGGUAUAUGUCGUUGGAGCUACCUCACUCAUUACUGUCGUCUACUUUUCGGACAGAUUUAAGCGUCGUGGGAUAUUCAUCAUGGGAUGCUGUGUUCCUGUUGUGGUCGGAUACCUCAUCGCCGUUGGAACUUCUAACAAACACGCUGGCUAUGCGGCCAUGUUUAUCCUUGUUCUAGGAAUCUAUCCCAUCUCGACCCUUGCGGUCACUUGGGCUGCUGGCACCUUGGCUCCAGACGAUAAACGUGCCUUUGGUAUGCCUCUCGCCAGCUCGAUUGGAAACCUCUCGAAUUUUGUCUCGUCCCAACUCUACCCAACUCAGCAAGGCCCACGGUACAUCCAGGGCAAUGCCGUUUCUGCAGGUCUGACUGUUGUAGCUGCAUCUCUUUACGCCUCCUGCUGGCUUUUGUUGAGGACCAGGAACAAGAAGAAGGAGAAGCUGAUUGCUGAGGGAGCUACAACAAACGGGCUCGAGGGUGACCAGGGUCUUGACCACAAGUAUAUCCUUUGA